AUGUCCUCCCUUUUUGACGCCGUUCUCCAGUCCGAAUUGGGCUCAACCGCCGGCUCUCGAGAUGACCGGGGACUCCAUUCAGAUGCUUUGCCCAGUUCACGACCUCAACCAAUGUCCGAGAGCAACGCUCCAAUGAGUGAUGCCAAUGCGUUUCCUGACGAUCAGGUCCCCGAGACAAGCAGAUCGACGUCUACCCGGCUGCGAAAUCCCUAUGUUGCUGGAGCACCGCCGGUGGUCGACUUGGCUGGUGAAAAGGUACAGCAGGCUUUCGAAGAACUUCUGGAAAACUAUCAGGAGGAAGCUCCACCAAAGUCAUCACACACCCCGCAGUCAUCAGCGCCAAUGACCAACAAAUACUACAUCGCGCAAAUCCACGGCAUGGCGAAAUGGGAACUGUCGACAUUGUAUGUGGACUUUACACACCUCACCUCGCUAGACAACCCUAUUCUUGCGGAUGCAAUCGCGAAUCAGUACUAUCGAUUUCAGCCAUUCCUCGUGAAGGCUCUCCAUAACCUGAUCGCGAAGUACGAGCCCGAAUACUUUGUCUCGCACCGUCAAGCCACUAGCAGCGUUUCGUCACAAGCUGGCACGUCUUUAAUGGCGGGCAACUCUAGCGUGGCCGACGACCCUAAGCUAGAUCGGACGAUCCGUGAGAAGACACGGCACCAGCAGACAGAUAAGCUGUUUGCCCUGGCGUUUUACAACCUGCCUCUGGUCUCUAGACUUCGACAGCUUCGAACAUCGCAAAUUGGAAAACUGCUGUCUGUGUCUGGCACAGUUACCCGCACGUCCGAAAUUCGACCUGAGCUUUCCCUCGGAACUUUCAUUUAUUGGCAGAAGGUGAAACUGCAGGAGUCCUCACAUGAAAUUCCAACCGGCAGCAUGCCCCGGACUAUGGAUGUGAUAUUGCGCGGUGAGAUGGUCGACCGUGUCAAGGCUGGUGAACGGUGCAUCUUCACCGGUACGCUUAUUGUUAUUCCCGACGUCAGUCAGCUAGGACUGCCGGGUGUUCGCCCCGAGGCCGUUCGUGACAAUAGCGGUUUCCGCAGCAAUGAUGUUGGAGGUGGAGGAGUCAGUGGCCUCAAGGCGCUUGGUGUGCGGGAUCUCACCUACCGCCUGGCUUUCCUGACUUGUAUGGUUACUCCUGAUACAACGACCCCCGGCCAGCAAUCCAACCAGCAACUGAGCGGCCAGUCCAAUCGAAUCCUCGGCUCGCUAAACCAAAACCCCGAUCCUGAGCCCGACGACGACAAGGCACAGGAGGCAUUUCUUCAGAGUCUGAGUCCGGCAGAAGUCGAGGACCUAAAGACCAUGGUUCACUCCGAAUACAUUUAUUCUCGUCUAGUAGACUCUAUGGCGCCGAUGAUUUACGGCCACCGACAGAUUAAGAAGGGUUUGCUUCUGCAGCUCGUAGGAGGAGUGGCUAAGUCGACAGAACAAGAAAGCCUGCAGCUCCGUGGUGACAUCAAUAUUUGCAUCGUUGGUGAUCCAUCAACUAGCAAGAGUCAAUUCCUCAAAUACAUUUGCUCUCUUCACCCCCGCGCCGUCUACACAAGCGGCAAAGCUUCAUCCGCUGCCGGUUUAACCGCAAAGGUUGUCAAAGACGCGGAGACGGGCGAGUUCACCAUCGAGGCCGGAGCUCUCAUGCUGGCGAACGGUGGUGGUAUUUGCGCCAUUGACGAAUUCGACAAAAUGGACAUCAGCGACCAAGUGGCCAUCCACGAAGCAAUGGAACAGCAAACGAUCUCCAUCGCUAAAGCAGGCAUUCACACAACCCUCAAUGCCCGUGCCUCUAUUCUCGCCGCCGCGAACCCCAUCGGCGGCCGCUACAACCCUAAGACCACCCUCCGUGGCAACCUGAACUUCAGCGCACCUAUCAUGUCCCGAUUCGAUUUGUUCUUCGUCAUACGCGACGAGCCUAACGAGGACGUCGACCGCAAUCUGGCGGAUCAUAUUGUCAACGUGCACAUGAACCGCGACGCGGCAGUCGAGCCGGAAUUCAGCACUGAGCAGCUGCAACGGUAUAUCCGUUUUGCGCGGACAUUCCGCCCCGUCUUCCGGGAGGAAGCCAAGGCUGUGCUUGUUGAGAAGUACAAAGAGCUUCGCGCGAACGAUGCACAAGGGGGGAUGGGACGGUCAUCAUACCGUAUCACAGUCCGUCAAUUGGAGUCUUUGAUACGUCUCUCUGAGGCCAUCGCAAAGGUCAACUGCGUUGAGGAGAUUGUCCCCAAGUUUGUGCGAGAAGCCUACGAUCUCCUCCGCCAGAGUAUCGUCACGGUCGAGAAGGACGAUGUCGAAGUGGAGGACGAUGAAGGCGCCGCCAACGCAGAUGAGGACAUGCCCGACCGCGACCGAGACGGCGACAGCCCGAUGCGCGAGGAGCCCCAGUCGGCCGCCGCAGCUGAGCCCGUUGAACCACGCGCCAAGACAAAGAUUACCUAUGACAAAUACAUGAAGAUUCUGAACCUGGUUGUGCGCCGGAUUCGCGAAGACGAGGCCCAAGCGGGCGAGGGUGUCGAGCAGGAAGACUUACUUGUCUGGUACCUCGAGCAGAUUGAGGCCGAGCUGAACAAUGAGGAGGAUCUGCAGCGGGAGCGCAGCCUUGCUGUUAAAGUCCUCAAGCGCAUGGUUAAAGAUAACAUUCUCAUGCCGAUUCGUGGGGAGGGCCUUGUUGAUGAGGCUUCUGAGGUGCAGACUGACAGGACGAUCUAUGUGCUGCAUCCUAAUUGUGCGAUUGAUGAGGAAUAG